GGGCCCCGUUUCAUCAACGAUCGCAUCGCAACUUUAAUGCCAAAAUAUCGCACAUUUCUUAUCGCAUCGCAAUUUGCGUUUCAUCAAAUAUCGCAUCGCCGAUUUGAGUUGCGAUAUUCGCACAUCGCCAAUAAUGAGGCUAUUUUGCGUUUCAUCAAAAAUCGCACAUCGCAAGAGCACCUGUUUUUUGCGAUAUUUUGCUUAAAACAUGCGAUCACACAAACCCAGUCGCAGACGGUAAAAAAAAAUUCAAUAUGGCCGACGUGUUGUUUUUUUUUAUGGAAAAUAACGCGAGAAGGACAGAGCGGGAGUUCCGGCCCCGUCUGGAGAUAGGCGGGGUUCGCGAUAUCGACUUUGUGAAUCGGUAUCGGGUAAACAGAACCACCGCACAGGAGCUAGUGGAGCUUCUGGGGCAGGAUCUUGCCAGAUCCGAACGUGGCGGAAAAACAAUUUCGCCAGAGACCAAGAUCCUCGUCAGCCUAAGAUUUCUUGCGAAAGGGGCAUUCUAUUCUGAACUAGCCGACACCCAUGGCAUCAGUCGCUCGAGCGUGUCCAGAACUGUGCAUAACUUUGUGGAGUCUGUCAACAACAACCUGGACAAUAUUAGGUACAUACUUUAACUGUAAGAUAGAUUUGAUAUAAUAUUAUUGUACUUACAGUUACAAACAGACAAUCUUAAGUCUACGGUUUUUCUUUUUUUAUCUGUCACACUUUAGUGUCCAUAUUCAUUGUCAGACUUUUACCUUAUUUUUUAUUUUUUUUAUAGCAGCUCAUAAACCAAGGUCAAGAUCAGCAACUGCAGCACAAUUUUUAUUCUUAUAAGUUAUCUUUAAUUUAUUUUUAAUAAUGCUAUGAUCUUAACUGUCUAAAUAUUAUAAUUGUAUAUCACAUGCCAUAGUUCUUUCGUUUUUAACAUGUUAAAAUAAUCACGUUUAUUGUAUUCAGGUUAAUUAAUUUAUUUAUUUAUUAUAAUUGAUCUCAACUCAAGGACGAUACUGUUUGUUUAUAUAAUGUAAAUUUCAUGUAAUGUUCAAUUGUAUAUUUGUUAUAUGUUUGUUGUUAUAUUAUGUCGGUCAAUAGUGAUACAUCGCUAAUGUUAUACUUGUUAUGUACAAACCGACUUGAAAUAAAAUUUGUAUUGUAUUGUAUUGUUACAAAUAGACAAUCCAUUUUUACUUAUUGAUGUUAAACACGGGCUUGGCACAGACAAUUCUUAAAGUUAAUAGUCUGCAACAGUAGAAAAAUGUAGCUUUCUUAGAAAUCCUAUAUAUGAAAACGCAACUCCAGACUC